AUGGCUGUCGCCGUCGCCAACGAAAAGACGAGCAGCGGCUCGCUCAACGAAUCAUCCAACGACAAUGCCGCGGUUGUCCUCGAGACCGCGCCGGUGCACGAGGUCCCCGUGCCCGCGGGCACCACCGAGCGUCGCAUCCUCACCAAGAUUGACCUCCAUGUCGUGCCCUUUCUCUGCAUCAUGUACCUGCUUGCCUUUCUAGGUACCGCACCCCCAUUUACUACCCUUCACCUCUUCCUUCGCAUCCGACGCGCCUCUACUGACAAUUACAUUACUAUUAUCCUCUCAGAUCGCGUCAACAUUGCCAAUGCCAAAGUCUUCGACCUCGCCAAGGACCUCCACCUCGAAGAGCCUGGCAACCCCGACAGCACCAAGUACAACACAGCCCUCGUCAUCUUCUUCGUUCCCUACUGUCUCUUUGAGAUCCCUUCCAACAUCCUUCUCAAAAAGUUCAAGCCCCACGUAUGGCUCUCCAUCAAUAUGCUACUCUUUGGCUUCACCACCAUAAUGCAGGGACUCGUCACCAACUAUAGCGGCCUCCUCGCCACACGCUUCUUCCUCGGCGUCUUUGAGACGGGCAUGUUUCCUGGAGCGUUUUACCUCAUUGGCAUGUGGUAUAAGCGCUCCGAGGCCCAGAAGCGCUACUCCUUCUUCUUCAACAGCACUACCCUAGCUGGCGCCUUUGGCGGCCUCCUCGCCGCCGCCAUCGGCAAGAUGGACGGACUGCGCGGCUACAAGGGCUGGCGCUGGAUCUUCAUCCUUGAGGGCGCCCUUACCGUCUUCGUUAGCUUCUUCAUCUACUUCCUCCUCCCCGACUUCCCCGAGGACGUCAAAUGGCUGUCCGAGGAGGAGCGCACUUACGUCAAGGCCCGCCUCGCUGCCGACCAAGGCAACCAUGCCAUCGAGCGCCCCAUCAAGCUGCGCGACAUCCUCGCCGUCCUCAAGGAUCCGAAGGUCAUUGCUGGCGGCUUCGCCUACUUUGGCAUCAUCGUUCCCGCCUACGGCUACGCCUACUUCGCCCCGGGCAUUAUCCAGACCUUCCAUUACGGAAAGAUAGAGACCCAGCUGCGCAGCGUCCCGCCUUGGGCUGUCGCGUUCGCCUUUUCCAUGGCCAUCGCUUACCUCUCGGAUCGCAUCCGCCACCGCCUCACCUUUGCCCUUAGCGCCAUCGCCGUCGCCAUCGCCGGCUUUGCCAUCCUCCUCGCGGUCCAUAACCACACCAGCGUCCAGUACGCGGCCCUAUUCCUCGUCGCGAGCGGCGCCUACACAGCAAUGCCCAUCAUCGUGUGCUGGUUCAACAUGAAUCUCGGUGGUCACCACCGCCGCGCCAUCGGUAGCGCUUGGCAGGUCGGUUUCGGCAACCUCGGCGGCAUCAUCGCCGUCUACGUCUUCCUCCAACGCGACUCGCCACGCUUCGUCCCCGGCUACAGCGUCUGUCUGGCCUGGUUCGUGCUCUCGGCCGCGGCGUGCUGCGUCUACGGCUACAUGUGCUGGAGCGCCAACAAGAAGCGCGAUCAGCUGCCGCCGGAUGCCGGGGCCGCCCUGACGCAAGAGGAAAAGGACGAUCUAGGCGACAACGCCCCCGACUAUCGCUACCUCCUGUAG